GGUUCGCGCAGUUUGUGACAAGUCUACAUACAUGCCGAAAUGUAUAUCAGAGAAUAACCUAAAAAAACAAUUCUCUGUCAAGUGUUCUUGACGUGGCAAAUCUCUUUUCUAGCGUUUAUUUAAAGGCACAUCACCAUAAACCCGGCGCUUUUUUCCGUACGGAUUGCAACUGCGCUUCCGAAUUGUGCUGUCAUAUCUGAUAUCCGCUUUGAUAUCUGUUAUUGGAGUAUUUGGUUACCACAUUUGGGCUUGUUAAAUGUAAAUAAAGGGCUUCUGCUUCCACAGUCAAUAAGUGACGGUACUUGAAAAGAUGGGCUGGGUGUUGGAGGUAGCUAAGAUGUUUCUCUACAUAUCGUUUCCCGUUGGGAUAUUUCACUAUGUUAAUCAGCCAGCCUACUUUGACAAUGUGAUAAAAGCGAAAGAGGAGUACUUCCCGCCCGAGAGUAGAAAGAUGAACGAGCAAAUGGAAAACUUUAUUCGCGAUUUUAAUGCUGACGUUGAAAAGAAACGUCUGGACGCCUUGGAGAGCGGAAACAAGCAGUGAAGAAAAUCUAUUGUAAUGUUUCCGACUGUGAUACCGGUAGUGGAAUUUACCAUUUUUUUUGUAAAUACGAGGAUAUCGAGGUAUCUUUGGCACAGUCAGUAGUUAGAAAUAAAAAUAUUGAUAAAGAUUGCUUUC